AUGGAUGCUUUCGUUUGCAGUCCGAAAAACAAAUUUGUACGGGUGACGCACGAUGAUUUCUACUCACCCGAUGUCCAUCAAUUAACCUCUGCUCCAGCACGAUCGCAGCAAGCAUGUGCCUAUGACAUGGACGACGUGGAUCUAGCUUGGUUAAACCGCGUAAAUGCUCAGCGUAACGCUAUAGGUUCAUCCAAGAUAUCCGAGUUGUCAUUCGAGCAAACGAUGGAAGAGCUCGAGCGCCAAUCGUGGGCUAAUAUGCAAACACUGCUCAAGACAGAAGAAUUUCUCGGCAUUGAGUACGACGAAAACGUAAUUUGCGAUGUUUGCAGAGGGCCGGAUUCUGAGGAAGGAAAUGAAAUGGUUUUCUGCGACCGUUGCAAUAUUUGCGUACAUCAAGCUUGCUACGGUAUCUUAAGCAUACCACCUGGUCCCUGGUUGUGCAAACCCUGUGCCCUAGGAUUGCGCCCACCAUGCCAGCUUUGUCCUAACCAAGGCGGGGCGCUUAAAGCUACAAGAGGAGGAUCCACUUGGGCUCAUGUAGCAUGCGCCUUAUGGAUACCUGAAGUAUCUAUAGGUUGUGUUGAAAAGAUGGAGCCCAUUACUAAAAUAUCAAGCAUUCCGCCAAGUCGGUGGAAUCUAAAUUGUGUAUUGUGCAAAGAAAAGGGUGGUGCCUGCAUCCAGUGUUCCGUGAAGUCGUGUAAAACUGCCUAUCAUGUGACUUGCGGUUUCAGGCAUAGUCUAGAGAUGAAGGCUAUCGUCGAGGAUGAGCAUUCCGAAGACGGAGUAAAGUUAAGGGUAUGA